GAAGGACGUAAAGCAAGCCAGUAUUUCCUGGCUAUGUCUCGAGAGCGCUCUGGGGGAGUGGCCCACCGCGCCACUCAUGGCUGCGACGGAGGAAAUGCUCUGCUUCCAUGGGAGCUUACCGACCUCAUAAUCGAUCACGGGCAGUACCACGGCCAUCGAGCUUGGAGCCUCGUGUGCAAAUCGACGCUUCCUCGCGCUCGCUCGCACCUGUUUCGGAGGAUGCGCAUUCAUACAGAAAACGAGUGCACAGAGAUCAUAGCAGGACUUCGUGUAGGAAGUACGAUUCUCCGAUACGUCCAGGAGCUGUCCGUCACGAACGUUCUAACUUGGGAUCCGGAAUGCCUCCCGGUGCUUUUGGACGGCAUGCCCCAGCUUCGGGCCCUCAUCAUUGACGGGUUCUAUCUACCUCCCGGUCAGAACGAGGUGCCCGACCCUCUUACUCGAGCACUAUCGCGUUGCAAUCAUCUGCGUCACGUCGGCUUGCUGCAAUCCCACUUUCCCUGUUCCAUUCAACUUUUCAGCGACCUCGUAGCUGCUAUCCCCCUUCUUUCGAGCCUCUCGUUCGAAGACUGCUCAUUCGAUCAACAGGAAGAGCUCGUGCGAUCCCCGCCCGUUCUCACCAUCCAAAAGCUGAACGUCGAGCCGUGCGCCUUCAGUUUCAAGCCGUAUUGGCUGGAUCUCGCCCUACGACUCAACUGCCUCACGUACUUGACGUUCCACUUUUGCGACAUCUCCCUGGCCGUCAACGUCUCAUUUCUCCAGCGCCUGGCCCACACGCACUCGGAAAGUCUCCGAUGCGUGCGGCUCGAGGCUGUACCUCACGCGCCAAACUCGUUACGUGAUUUGAUUCCUUCCCUACGUCGGAUUCAGAGCUUGGAAAAACUGCACAUCGACCUCGACGUGGUAUCGUUCGGAGCGUCUCGGUGGCCAGUCGACGCCUUGGAGUUCUUGACCGAAGUCGGCCUUUCCAACGUGGAUCUUGAGUUUCAGGCGAACAUGACAGACCUCCACUCGCUUAAGCGAACUCUUGCGUCCACCGCGCAGAUGCAGGCGCUUCUAGGUUGCGAGACGAAGAUGACCGUUAAUCUCAAGCUGUUCGUGUUGGAGUCGUUGUUGAGAGAUAAGGAAACAACAUUGGAGAGCGUAUUUGAUACCGCCGGCUAUCAUCUCGUGGCAUCUCUCAAUUGGGGACCUGGAGGGGAUUCCCGGAGUGUUUGUCAAUACGGUGACGUCGUAUCCAUCGAGUCGUUUGGCACAAAAUAUGUCAUCCUUGGCUCGCUCAAGGCAUGUACGGACCUCUUGGACAGAAAAUCAUCAAACUUCUCCGACAGACCGGAAGUUCCGAUGCUGACCGACCUCUCUGGAUGGAACUGGAACUUUGGUUUCAGAAAGUACGGCGGAGUGUGGAGGGAAGAACGAAGAACUUUCCACCAGUACAUGAACAUCACACAAGUAGCGCGAUAUCGUCCUAUACAGCUUCAACAAGCGCAAAGACUUGUCCACCGAUUACUGGAUCGGCCCGACAAGUAUGAGGAUAUGUUGGGCGCCACUAUAAUGGAGGUGGUCUACGGGAUCAAAGUAGCGGAUCACGAUGACCAGUACAUUAUUACGGCGGAAAAAGCACUGGAGACGCUGUCUCAAGCAGGACAUCCUACGGCGUAUCUUGUGAACAUAUUUCCUUGGCUGAAGUUUGUGCCAUCAUGGCUACCGGGUGCUCAAUUCAAACGCCAGGCAGCGAGAUGGAAGCAGAUAUCACACGAUUUCAUCACGCGCCCGCUUGAACAUGUGAAGGAAAGCAUGAUAAAUGGGACCGCGCGACCUUCUAUAGCUCUGUCACUACUGGAAGGUCUCGGUGACGAAACGGACAAGGCCAACACUACGCGAGCAACAACGAUCAGGAAUGUGACAUCGAUUGCGUAUGCGGGCGGAGCACAUACUACUGUUUCGGCAAUAUAUACGUUCUUCCUUGCCAUGGCCAAGUACCCGCAUGUUGUACGCCGAGCUUGGGUGCAACUCGAUGAAGUUCUCGGGUAUCAACGUCUUCCAACAUUUGAGGAUCAAGAGCGCCUCCCGUACAUUACGGCCAUAUGCAGAGAAGUAAUGCGAUGGCAACCCGUGACACCUCUCGCUGUCGUUCAUAGCUCCCUUUCCGAUGACGAGUACGAAGGCUACUUCUUACCCAAGGGCACUAUUUUCUUUGGAAAUGCCUGGGCCAUCCUUCAUGAUCCCGAGGUUUACCCAGAGCCUCAUGCAUUCAAGCCGGAACGUUUCCUCAAAGAGGACGGGAGCCUAGACUCCGCAAUCCAGGAUCCGAACGUAGCCGCGUUCGGCUUCGGAAGGAGGAUAUGCCCUGGAAGGUGGUUCAGUGGUCAAUCUCUGUUCAUUACGAUUGCCACUGUGUUGUCCGUGUUUGAUAUCAAAGCACCUGUUGACGACAGGGGACGGCCAAAGGAGCUAACAGCGGAUAUGACCACCGGACUCUUAUCAUAUCCGGAGCCAUUUGAAUGUCACGUCGUGCCCCGCUCGGAGAAGACGAAACAGAUAAUCCUCGAAGCAAACUACGAUGCAGAGUAA